GUGGGGGUUAAAUUAUGUUCUAUUGAAAAUUUAAAAAGAGAAAUUAAACUAUAAAAAAAAAUGAUUCAUUAAAAUAUUUGUAAACUUUUUAGUUUUUUCGAGGAUAAACAAAAUGUAUAUUUAGUUCUCGAGUAUUGUGAGAAAGGCAAUUUAUUUUAAAUAUUAAAAAAGUCUUAAUUUUUUUUAGAAAAAACUGCUUUUGCUUUUUUUUUUAAACAUGUUUGGCUAUUGAUCAUUUACAUAAAAAUGAUAUAAUACAUAGAGAUUUAAAACCAGAAAAUUUAUUAUUAAAUUCUUAAAAUAUAUUAAAAGUUUGUGAUUUUGGUUUAAGCGCAGAAAGAGCAGAUGAAAGAAUUACAUUUUGUGGUACUUUAGAUUAUAUGGCUCCUGAAAUAAAGGCAAGAGUUCCCCAUGAUCAUCGUGUAGAUAUAUGGUCUUUGGGAAUACUUUUAUAUGAAUUAACUCAUGGUUAAACUCCUGUUUAUGAUAAUUAUAUUUAUCAGAAAUAAAAUUUGA